AGAACCAGCAGUCCCAGUCGGAGGAGGAGACAUCCGAACCGGGCCGGAUUCUGCCUCUGUGGCUCCAGGUAACGCACUCCAGACAUGGGUGACUGGAGUGCUCUGGGUCGUCUGCUGGACAAGGUCCAGGCCUAUUCUACAGCUGGGGGGAAGGUGUGGCUGUCGGUCCUCUUCAUCUUCAGGAUCCUGGUGUUGGGGACCGCAGUGGAAUCAGCCUGGGGAGACGAGCAGUCUGCCUUCAAAUGUAACACCCAGCAGCCUGGUUGUGAAAAUGUCUGCUACGACAAAUCUUUCCCCAUCUCCCACGUUCGCUUCUGGGUCCUUCAGAUCAUCUUCGUCUCCACGCCGACCCUGCUCUACCUGGCUCACGUGUUCUAUUUACACAGGAAAGAGCAGAAACUCAACCGGAAGGAGGAGGAGCUGAAAGCUGUGCAAAAUGAUGGAGGGGACGUCGAUGUCCCGCUCAAGAAGAUCGAGCUGAAAAAGUUGAAGUAUGGCAUUGAGGAGCACGGCAAAGUGAAGAUGAAGGGGGGUUUACUUAGAACCUACAUAGUCAGCAUUUUCUUCAAGUCACUGUUUGAGGUGGGCUUCCUGGUUAUCCAGUGGUACAUGUACGGCUUCAGCCUGUCUGCUGUUUACACAUGUGAAAGGUCUCCGUGUCCCCAUAGAGUGGACUGUUUCCUGUCUCGUCCAACAGAGAAGACCGUGUUCAUCAUCUUCAUGCUGGUGGUCUCUCUGGUCUCCCUCCUGCUCAAUGUCAUUGAGCUUUUCUAUGUGUUUUUUAAGAGAAUUAAAGACCGUGUGAAGGGAAAACAGCAGCCUGCACUGUAUGCCAGCGGAGGAACUUUGACCCCCACCCCUAAGGAGCUGUCCACCACCAAGUACGCUUACUACAACGGCUGUUCCUCCCCAACUGCCCCGCUCUCACCAAUGUCCCCACCAGGCUACAAGCUCGCCACUGGAGAGCGAGGAACUGGUUCGUGCCGUAAUUACAACAAACAGGCCAAUGAGCAGAACUGGGCCAACUACUCCACAGAGCAGAACCGGCUCGGCCAGAACGGUGCAGGAAGUACUAUUUCAAACUCCCACGCACAAGCCUUUGAUUUUCCUGACGAUACCCACGAGCACAAGAAGCUGCCCCUGUCAGCAGGACAUGAACUGCAGCCUCUGGCUUUGAUUGACGCGAGGCCAUGCAGCCGUGCCAGCAGCCGCAUGAGCAGCAGGGCCAGACCAGAUGACUUGGAUGUGUAAACCCUGGUGUUAGCCACGAAGACGAGCGGCUGCAGGCACGAAAUCAGGCAUUGCUUGAUUACACUAUUUGUUUGAAAGGUGGGACUAACCGCAAUCUCUGUCAUCAGUAGACAAACUGUCGUUCACGGAGACGUCAAACUACAUUAGGUAACUCUUUGAAGGUACAGGGUGCACUUACUUUGUCUUGGAAUAUUUCAGGAACCUUUUAGCAGCCAUAGUGUAAUGUUAGGAGGAGAGUCACGUGAAGUGUUUGUAGGGUCACUUCAGUGGGUAAAUGUUCACAAUUAACAAAUCAGAAGCAGGUUUUCAUAAAACACCUGACUUGAAAAGUGAGAGCUGAGACCAGAAGUUCCAGAUCUUCACUGUGGGAACGCUUCCAUCUUCAAGCGCUUCAUAUAUAUUUAUCAUCUGCUCUCAAAUACUCCAGAGUAUCCAGAUAAUUCAUACAUAGAAAGACUUCUGAUUAUCUGAAUAUUAGACAUCUCAUUUAUAUAUAC